AUGGCAAUUGACAAAUUGACAGUAAGAAAUGCUUGUCCUUUCCCGGUAACCUUCUUUGCUAUAGCAGGACCAACCUUUGAAUUAAAACCUAAUUCAACUCAGUCCCAAUCGGCUUGUGCUAUUUGGUUCACCACCAGAGUAAAAGGACCUGGCGCCGUAAUGAACAAAACCCAAUUUGGAUCUCAUCGUGAUGAUUAUCAAAGCGCUUUGGAAGCCCAAGGCUAUCAGAUGAACGAUUGGGAGGAAGGUGGCUCUGGAGUUGCCGCAGGAUCAUACUUGGGACUUGCUGUUGGAGAGAUCGAAUGGGUAUUCAAGAUUCCAAAUACCAAUAAUUAUGUCGAUGCUGGCAAGAAAGAAGGUGUUUAUGGUCAUUCCAAUCUAGUCAUCUUGGCAGACUUGGAUCCAGCCCAUGUUUUGGACGUAAAUCAUCCCCUAUGGUGGCAUCUAAGAAUUGAGACUGAUAAUGGACAACAAUUUACCCCUAUCACCAAUCAAUAUGUCUACACUACUCCAAAUCUUGAUAAAUAUUCUGAUACAUACUUUUUAAGAGUUAGAAAUAUGGAAGGAGGGGCAACAAGAGGUACUUUCCUUACCGCCCAAAGUCCAGCCAAGGAGAAUAAUCCAGUCUAUUGUACCGAAGGAAGUUCAAUUCCCUAUGAUCCACUGAACCUUGGACAGUAUUGGACAAUAGCACCAAAUCAAGCAGGCGGUUAUGGUAUCACUUUGAUCAACUCGUUCAAUGACAAGGACAGUGGUAGAGUUCAAUCAAGAACUUUACAAUGGUCCAGUGAUUACUCUAUCAAAACCUCGACUGAUCAACCCGAUGAUGCACACAAAAUCAACGCCACUGUCGUUCAGCAAAAUCCCUUGACCGUCAAGGUUUGGGCGAGUGGAUCCAGUGGUGUUCUAACCGCUGGUAAUCCAGGAACCCCUGUCUGGUUCACAGUAGAAUCUCCCACCAACAUGCUACAACAAUGGUUGGUUGAAACCUACACUGUCGAUAUCUCUAAAAUUCCAACCGAUAGAUCAUUUAUGAUCAAGCAUUGUAAAACUGGACUUUACUUGAACCAGACACAGAAUAAUGAUGCACCAUGUAUCAAUGAUUAUGAUUAUAAUCACGGCUUUUUACAAUUUAAUAUUGAACCAGCACCCCAAAGCGGCACCUUCUAUUUGAGGGGCUUAGGAAAUACUUACUGUGGAUAUGCACCAAAAUCCUUGGUUUGUCAACAUACCCAAGAUGGAUCUGCAAAUUUCCUUUGGCAAUUUAAAACUGUAUCCCAUCACGCUGGUUUCCAAAUCAUUAAUCUUGGCGCCGCCAAGGCGUAUCCUUCUACACCAGGCCAAGAUCCCCUCCAAUACCUCUUUUAUAAGGAGGGUGCGAUUGGAUACUGGAACGGACUAUAUGAUGAUCAGGUUGCUUAUUCUUCCUACUUCUUGACAAAUAUUGGAAAACUAGAAAAUAAUUGA